AUGGCGGCGGGCCGCGGCUGGCGGCGGCGGGCGCUGCGGCUGCUGACGGCGGGCGGCGGUGUCCUGCUGACCCGCUUCCCCUUCUGGCACUGCUUCAGCGGGCUGCUGCUCUGCGCUGAGCGCGCCGACGGCCGGCGGAAGCCGGACAUCCCCGUCCCCUACCUGUACGUGGACAUGGGGGUGGCCGUGCUCUGCGCCAGCUUCAUGUCCUUCGGGGUGAAGCGCCGCUGGUUCGCCCUGGGGGCCGCCCUGCAGCUCGCCGUGGCCACCUACGCCGCCCACGUCGGUGGCCACGUCCACUAUGGCGACUGGCUGAAGGUGCGGAUGUACUCCCGGACCAUCGCCAUCAUCGGCGGCUUCCUCAUCCUGGCCAGCGGCGCGGGCGAGCUCUACCGCCAGAAGCCGCGCAGCCGCUCGCUGCAGUCCACGGGGCAGGUCUUCCUCGGCAUCUACCUCAUCUGCCAGGCCUACUCCCUGCAGCACAGCAAGGAGGACCGCCUGGCUUACCUGAACCACCUCCUGGGGGGCGAGCUCGCCCUCCAGCUCCUCUUCAUCCUCUACGGCCUCCUGGCCCUCGCCUUCCUCUCCGGCUACUACGUGCGGGCGGCGGCGCAGGUGCUGGCGGUGCUGCUGCCCCUCGCCAUCCUCCUCAUCGACGGCAAUAUCGGCUACUGGCACGACUCGCGCCGGGUCGAGUUCUGGAAUCAGAUGAAACUCAUCGGCCAAAACGUCGGCAUUUUCGGAGCCGUCGUCAUCCUGGCCACUGACGGCUGAGCUGGGGCGGCCGCUGGCCGGGA